UGGCUGUAUCACCGCUGGCCCCUUGCUAUCAUUGUGCAGAAAAAGCCACAAGUCCGGAAUGUCGUGCAAGGAUCUGGCGUCGCGCGCUUUUCUGGCCGAAUUCCCCGGAUAGCUGACAUAAUUCGCCGCCACCGUGGUGAUGGCCGCGUCCUGAAAAUCCCUCCGACGGACGAAACAAACACCAUAGGGGGCCAGCGAGGAUGGGAAAAAGAAAAAGAUAGCCCCAUGGGACAAGAUCAGGUGGGAAAAUGGCAUCUGUGACGGCCAAGCCGGGUGUACAGGUUUGUCCAUACCCGCCAUACGAAUACACUUCGGACCAGGCUGGCCAUCCCAGUCCUCGACCAAAAGCACCAUGACCAAAAUCCCCUUCGGCUGCCUUGUCUCGUCAUGCGAACCACCGUGUGAAAAGGAUUUUCCUGCCCAACAUGCCAUCACGCUCUUGAGCAGUUAACAUUGCACCAUGACCUCCCAGCCGUGCAUUGGGCCCGAAGGAUCUCACCCCUUGCUUUGGACCCCGAAGGCUCCAAUCAACAGUAUCCAUUUUCCCUUGCGGCCUGUGAGCUGCCCACCAUCCAUCUCAUUGUUUCUGUGAACCUAGUGCAAAAUCACACCGUCCGCUACGGAUCACCUGGUUCAGGUCACAGCCUUGGACCCGGACGAGGAAUAUACUUGUGGCAAACGAUCUCGUCUACAGCGGACUACUAUGUUGCUGACCGGUAUUCGAGCUGCUUCUUUGUGAGCAUUGUGGGUGACCAGGGAUAUAACCUGACCAUCCCUCACAAUGUCCCAGACCAGCAGUUGUAUAUGAAUCCAGGCAUCCAUCAAAGUCUGCUCUUGAUAAAGACCCUCACCGUCGAUCACAUCAUUCAAUCAGCAUCAUUGACGAUCUGAACCUUGACAUCUCCCUUCACAUUCAACCCAAACCUAUCAAACUACCUACGGAUACGAGUCCAUCCCUUGGCCUUGGUCUGUCUCUGUGGUGGUCGACCUCUUCACCUCAAGUCCCCAACCUAAUCUUCCCACCGGCCCUUGAAUGUCUGAUAGGCGCCGCAGAAGCCACGACGAGUACACACGUGAACCAAUAUUCAUUGAAAGAAGCCCUCAGGUGCGUACUUACCGCAUCGUGCGAACGACCUCACCGGAGAGAGAGCGGCUGACAUUGGGAUCCAAGCUCUACAACCUCUUCCGGACUCGCAAGAAGAAAGUCCAUAUCAUUGAAGAAGUCCCCGUUCGAAGUCGACGGCCGGAGCGCCGUAGCUGGAGUCCGCCUCCCCGGCCACCUCCAUCGCCUCCUCGAGGCCCAUACCACACCAUGUCGUCCAAUCUAGAGGAAAACAUUUACACCCCUCUCCCUCCCAAGCUACCACCAAAGACCAAGCACCACCACGAGGAUGAACCAAUUGAGUACGUUGUGGAGAAUCGGUCUCCACGCCACCCUAAGGUCAAGGUCAUCCAUGAGCCUGUCGACGACGAGGACGCUCACCCAAAGGUGGAAAGCCCCUCUCCACCACGCAAGCACGACAGCGGCAAGUACUACAUGACCGGAGCACGCAUGGGCGAUGAUCACGACGGCGCACGAUGGGAAUAUGAACGUGUGCGCCCAGAUCCGGAAGUCCAGAAGUUACGCGAAGAUUUAGAGAGAGAAGAGCGCAAGCGACGACAGGCCGAGCACACUGCCGACCGCCUCAAGGCCGACCUUGACUUCGAGAAACGCCAAAGGUCUCUGGAGAAACGUGAGCGAGAGCUUGCCGAGCGUGAAACUCGGCUCAACCAGGAGCGGGAGCAUUUUGUCGAGACCCGACGACCACGAGAACGUCAGGGAGUUGUCGUCCACAACCCGCCAGCAGUGUUGCCAAUCCGCGAGGCCAAUCGGUCGGCUCUGGACCGAGCUCGAGACGACUACGACCACCUCCGCAGCCAGCAAGCUCGAGAGGAGAGACGACCUGGGACGGGAGAUAGACGUUCGCGGCGACAGAGUAUCAUUGUCGUCGACGACGAGCAUGACCGAGACCGAGAUCGACGACAACGACGGCAGUAGGUCUUAAGUGGGAGUGUAUAGUGGUUGGGGGGGACUCACGGGCAGGACAUAUAAAUAUGGGGAACAUUGCUGCAAAGCAGGGAAAGGAGGAACGGCGUUUGUGGAGGUUCUCAGAGGAUACAUAUAUCAUUCGUGGCUGAAGGGACGGUCUCCGCCAGCAACACAUUUGUGCCAUGAAGAGAUUCCAAAUCUUGUCAUUCGUUCGACAGCCCACGGCACAGGGCUAGCGAUUAUUGUAGCUUCGAGGAAGAAUCGUGACUAUGGAUGAAGGAGGCGCAUUUCAUCGAAUAGUGUUAUAUACAUAGACACACGCGUGUGCUUGGCCAUUGUGGUAAGAUGGAGUAUCUGGGUAGUGGUCGAGGCUCUCUUUCUUAGGAAGAUCUCUCCUCCUCAGUAGCCCCUCGGUAUUGCUGAAGAAUGUCGUGCAGUCUCCACCGGGACAGGCAGGUCAGGACACCUGGUGGAGCAGGUCAGUCGACGUCUGGAGAUGCAGCCCAGGAUUGAACCAGUCGGGUGUGCGGGCUGCAACGCAGCAGUCUAGAACCAGGCGCUGAUCACCCAAGAUACCGCUUCUUGCCAUUGGAGCAGCAGGGCAG